AUGCCGCUGGCGCCCGGGCCAGAGGCCGCGCCGGGCACCGCCACCCAGCCGGCGGGGAUCCUGAGCGGGCGGCCCCGCCCGCCGCACACCGCGCUGCUCAUCCCGUCUGAACACGAGCAUGCCGUGACGCAGCGGCUGCUGGGCGCAGCCCAGAGCGAGGGCUGGCAGGUGCUGGAGGCGCUACAGGCCAGCGCGGAGGGGCUGCCUGCCGGCGAGGCGUGCCGCAGGCUGCAGCAGCACGGCCACAACAUCAUCUCUUCCACCCGAGCAGCGCCCUGGUACAGCGUGCUGUGGUCCUCCUUCUGGCACCCCUUCAACGCCAUCCUGCUGGCCCUGGCCGCCACCUCCACGCUCACCGGCGACGCCGCCACCGCCGCCAUCAUGCUCGCCAUGGUGGCCUGCUCCACGGGGCUGCACUUCUGGCAGGCGAUUGAGAUGAAGUCCACGGUGGCGGCCGCCCGCCUGAGUGAGCUGGUACACACCCACGCCACCCUCAUCCGGCAGGACGACGACACCGGCCUGCCAGGUGUGUUGGAGGUGGUGGUCGACCAGCGGGAAGUGGUGCCGGGGGACUGCGUGCGGCUGUUCGCUGGCGAAAUGCUGCCGGGGGAUGUGCGGGUGCUGCGCGCCAAGGACCUCUUUGUGGGGGCAGCCGCCCUGACCGGCGAGUCGAUGCCGGUGGAAAAGACGGGCCGGCGGGCGCACCCGCCGCUGCCGCCGCUGCUGGACUGCCCCAACCUCGCCUUCAUGGGCACACACGUGGCAUCCGGUGGGACAGCUAGCUGCAUGGGUGCCGCUGAUCACCCCGCCGCCGAGGCCGACUCAGCUAGGAGCUCCCCGGCUGGUGCGCUGCCGCAGAAGCCCGAGAAUGCUUUCCAGCGCGGGGUGCAGCGCGUGUCAUACCUGCUCAUCGCCUUCAUGGCGGCCAUGGUGCCGUUGGUGGUGGCGCUCAGCGGCCUCAUGACACACAGCUGGUCCCAGGCGGCGCUGUUUGGCAUCUCUGUGGCGGUGGGGCUCACACCGGAGAUGCUGCCCAUGGGUGACCUGGCGGCAUGCUUCAAUCAACAUGCAGUGGCGAUGGCCCGGCAGCACACCAUCGUGAAACGGCUGGAUGCAGUUCAGAACCUGGGAGCCAUGGACAUUCUGUGCACCGACAAGACUGGGACGCUGACGUUGGAUGAGGUGGUGCUGACGCGCUGGCUGGACUGUGACGGGCAGGAGAGCGUGGACGCGCUGCGCUUCGGCUUUCUUAAUUCUUUCUUCCAGACCGGCGUGCGCAACCUGCUGGACGCCGCCAUCCUGCAGUCAGGGCGGGAGGAGGGGCUGGAGUGGGAGGCGCAGGCGUAUGAGAAGGUCGACGAGCUGCCCUUCGACUUUGUGCGCCGCCGCCUGUCGGUCGUGCUGCAGGGCGACGGCGCGCCGCUGCUGGUGUGCAAGGGAGCGCUGGAGGAAACGGUGUCACUGUGCUGCUCCGUGGAGCAGGGGCAGGCGCUAAUACCGCUUGACGACAGGCGCCGCAGCAAGCUCCUCGCUGUCGGCGAGCAGCUGAAUGCGGAGGGUAUGCGCGUGCUGGCGGUGGCGGUCCGCCAGCUGCCAACCGCGGCGGCGGCGCUGCAGGCGGCCACGGCGGCCGGCACUCAGGCGGCAGAGUGGGUCGAGGGGGCUGAUGGCGACCCUCCCAAAGAGACGGCCCGCCAGGCGGUGCAGCAGCUGCAGGACAAAGCGGUACAGCUCAAGGUGCUGACGGGCGACAGCCUGGCGGUGGCGUGCUCGGUGUGCUCGGAUGUCGGCAUCCCCACCAUCCACACCAUCACUGGCCCAGAGCUGGCGCAGCUGGGGGCUGGCGAGUUUUGUGUAGCGGUGCAGCGGGCCAGCGUGAUGGGCAAGCUAACCCCGGGGCAGAAGGCGCGGGUGGUGGCGGCGCUCAAGGGCGGGGGCCACACAGUGGGCUUCCUCGGGGACGGAGUGAACGAUGCGCUGGCGCUGCGCGCGGCAGAUGUGGGCGUCAGCGUGGACACUGGCAGCGACAUCGCCAAGGAGGCUGCUGACGUCAUCUUGCUGGAGAAGAGCCUGCUGGUGCUGGAGCAUGGCGUCUCACAGGGGCGGGAGACUCACGGCGAGUGCUGCUGCAACACAUCCAAGUACAUCAAGCUGGCCGCCAGUUCCAACUUUGGCAAUGUGUUCUCCAUCCUCGUGGCCUCCGCGUGGCUCCCCUUCCAGCCCAUGCACCCCAUCCAGCUGCUCACCCAGAACCUGUUGUACGACCUGUCCCAGACGGCAGUCCCGUUUGACAGGGUGGAUGCCAGCUACCUGGCGGUGCCGCGCACCUGGUCUGCCGCCGGGCUGGGCAUUUUCAUGCUGGCCAUCGGGCCUGUGUCUUCCAUCUUCGACAUAACCACCUUCUGCCUGCUCUGGUUUGUGUACGGCGCCAACAGCCCCGAGCGCCAGGCGCUCUUCCAGACUGGCUGGUUCACCGUGGGGCUCCUGACGCAGACGCUGAUUGUCCACAUGAUUCGUACAGAACGCAUACCAUUUGUGCAGGAGGUCGCAGCCUGGCCGGUUGUGCUGAUGACGGCAGUCAUUUCAGGCAUUGGCUUGGUGCUCCCGUACACUCCUGUGGGCGCCGCUGAGGGCAUGGUGGCCCUGCCGCUCAGCUUCUAUGGCUGGGUCGCUGCAACCAUCGCUGGUGAGGGGCCUGCUGGUUGUGGGUAUGUCGCCAGCCAACAGCAAACCGCAGCGAAGUUCAUUACAUGCCAUGUGUGCCGCAGGAUACAUGCUGACUGUGCAGCUGGCAAAAUGGAUCUACAUCAGAACCUUCUGCAGCUGGCUUUGAGGCACCUCGACCACGGCAGCCAGCAGCGUCCGACUGCCGGGGUGAAUACAUGCAGCGCGCGGUUUAUUGCUGAAUGUGAAGAAAUGGAGCGAAACAAUAUCAGUUGA